AUGAGUGUCGCGAAUCCAGUGGAUCUGUGGAAGCGUUCUUCAACGGAUGUUAAGGCAACUUUCACCGGCCCUAACGUGAGCGCGACACCUCUGUUUUUGAGUUCGCCAGUGAUCACAUCUUUUUCGGGCGAUAAGCUCUACUUACAGAAAAUUUUCGAACAAUGGCCCAUCAAAUUGGAACGAAGAGCUGUGUUCUGGCCUCCACACGCUACAUUUAUUGCAUGUGGCACUGCUGGCAUAAUUAUUGGUAUACGGGUGAAUUCUCAUACGUUCCUCGGUGAUGCAAAUUUCUCCCAUGGGGAUCUGUGCAAUACGUGUUUGCUUCUUGGUAGCAUUGCAACUGCUCUGGCUGGCGGGGUUUGUCUCCCGAUGUUCUCAUCGCCAUAUUUGACAGCUGCUUCUGUAAGUUUUUUGAUAAAUAGCACUUUUAUCAAAAUCGCUUGCUUUGCAACUUUGGAAAAAUGGAGUUAUGGUACAACGAUGUUUUUCUGGUGCGGAAGAUCGAGAGUUCGACCCCGCCAGGGUGUUAGUGAGCUUUUUUAGGU